AUGACUGUCGCUGCUACACCAAAGAACAGCCCGUACAGGAACCUGCUAUCGUUCUGGAUAUUUGGACUCUGUAAUAAUUUCGCAUAUAGUGUUAUGUUGAGUGCAGCACAGGAUAUUUUAAAUAAACAUAAAGGCGAGGAUCCUAUUGAAGACAACGUUACUGAUGCUAGCUGUGUGGUCGAGAUCACCACAAGGAUCUGUACGCCAACAUCCACGGGCAUCGUACUGCUUUGUAAUAUUAUUCCGAGUCUCUGCGUGAAGAUGCUUUGUCCUUUUGUAAUGCAUCGAAUACCGUAUUGGGUUCGACAUACUGUAGUAUGUGUGGCCCAGGCGUCCUCUUUACUUAUUACUGCCUUCGCGGACUCGGUUCCAGUGGCCCUUGGAGGGGUGUGCCUGGCCUCGUUUUCAAGCGGUCUCGGAGAAACAACGUAUCUUGGCUUAGCAGGUCACUAUUCUAAACAUACGAUUGCCACUUGGUCCUCGGGAACUGGCAUGGCCGGUGUGGUUGGAGCAUUUUCCUAUGCUGGCCUUACCGAUCGUCAAUUAUUGGCAUUGAGUCCUACUGAGGCAAUGCUGGUGAUGUUGGUUGUGCCGGCGUUAUUUAUGUUCACUUUCUAUAUGCUCCUUGAACAUACGGAAACGAUGAAAAGAAUAACGUUCUCGAAGCCGAAAAAGAUGUCCGAGCUGGAGAACCCGGCCACGGAAAAUUCAAAGAAAACACAGUCUGUGGCCUCAUUGUCAUCGAUGGAUUCAGUAGAAAAGGAAAAAACGCUAGCUCAGCGAUUAACAGUUGUGAAGAGUCUAUUACGGUACAUGAUUCCAUUGUUUCUCACCUACUUCGCUGAAUAUCUUAUCAAUCAAGGAUUACUCGAAUUAACAGUUUUCGACUGCUCUCAUGGAUUUGGAACCAGCCCCGCUUCACAGUACCGAUGGUAUCAGGUCCUAUAUCAAGUAGGUGUAUUCAUUUCACGUUCAUCCAUCAAUAUUGUACAGCUGAACAUGUUGUUCAUAGCGUUGAUGCCUGUUUUUCAACUUCUCAACACUAUUUUCUUCCUAUUUAACGCUAUUUACGCUUUCCUACCAAAUUUCGGUAUUGUUUGCGCCAUAGUGCUGUACGAAGGACUUAUCGGUGGCAGUUCAUACGUGAACACAUUCCAUCAUAUCCAUAAAAAGGUGGAUCCAUCCGUACGUGAAUUCGCGUUGUCCACAGUUUCACUGGCCGAUUCUGUCGGUAUUAUGUUGGCUGCAUUUGUGUCAAUUCCCGUUCAUAACGCUAUUUGUGGAAUGCAAUGGUAUCGAUAG